UAGAGCUUAAACCCUAGCAGCAAUUAGCCAAAUUCAUCUUCCUCAUAAACCCUAGUCGCUGCUUUACUUUCGAGAAGAAGGAAGGAAAAAAAAAAGCAGAGAGGUGUACGAGAAGAGGAGGGAGAAAUGGGUAGCGACAGCGAAGUAGAGAAGAGUGGACAAAAGGAGAAGAAGAAGGUGUUUGCUUUAGCCCCUAUUGCUAAACCCCUUGCUGGAAAAAAACUCAACAAACGCAUCUUCAAACUUGUUAGGCGAGCUGCUGAGAAAAAAUGCUUGAAGAGGGGCGUUAAAGAGGUGGUGAAGAGUAUUCGACGAGGUCAAAAAGGAGUGUGUGUUAUUGCUGGAAAUAUUUCUCCUAUUGAUGUCAUCACCCAUGUUCCAAUCCUGUGUGAGGAAGCUGAAAUACCGUAUAUCUACGUGUCCUCGAAAGAAGAUCUUGCAAAUGCUGGAGCCACCAAGAGACCAACUUGCUGUGUUUUGGUGCAAACAAAGCCUGCCAAGGGAGAACUUAGCCAGGAUGAUCAAGAGAAACUGAAAACAGAUUACGAUCAAGUUGUAUCAGAAGUUGGUGAAAUGGCAUCCUCGAUGUUCUGAGUAUCAACUACAUUAAGAUAUCGGAGUUUGUACCUAAUUCCCUAGUACUCAAAACUUUUGUAAUGGCUCUCUAGUAUUAGUCUUUUCAAGCUGAGCUACUUUUUUUCCCCUUGCCCCGUCUAAAUUCUGGAACAUGAUUCAAAGCUGCUGCUAUGUAUCGAUAUCCAAGUAUUGCUCUAUUGUGUGUGAA